GGACGUUGGUGCCUUUAGCUAAAAUUAUUCCGAGCAUAAUAUCAAGGCGGCCUAGACACUCACAGAACCCAUGCAUGGAGGUUAACCUGCAUGCAUGCAUAUGAUGUCUAUUGUCAGCUGAGCCAUAGAUACCGGUGUAAAGAUCUCAAAAUGGGCUAGUGAUGAUCUAGCCUCGAUCCCAGGCCUUGUGAAGGAGGCUAGCUAGUGGUGUCAUGUUCCAGCUCUCUGGUUGCUCUGCUUCGGGAAGUUCCCAUGAGCCCUAGUACAAAUAGCACCAGGCGUGCAUUGCUGUGUGUAUUCAUACGGAGGGAUGGUUGUGCAUUCUAUUGAGUUUGGAGUCUAUGCACGUUUGGAAAACAUUGUCAGCUGCUGCACAAACGGAGACGUCGCAUAACAGCAUGCAGUGGUCACGUAUCUCGAUGGUGCUGUUGGCACUAGCAACCAUCGCCAAUGGAAAUGACAUACGCAUAGUCAGUUUCACUCAAUCAGCUGAAUCUGUGACGUCUGGUGAAGCGAUGGUGUUCAAUUGCCGAGCAAAUGCUGACGAAGCAGAAUGGAGGGUGGACGGAUUUCCCAAAUUUGUAUCAGAACCACAAAAUGGAUUCACCAUUUCAAACACUUAUGAUAGAAAUGCAAACCCCAAGUGGAACCUAAUGCUGACUAUGCAGGGGGACUCAAGUAAUGGCAGGCGGAUUUCUUGUUACGCCGCGAGUAGCCUGUACAUUGGUCACAGUAUCAUACAGCACAAGUACUUCAGAGUGGCAAGUGCGCCUGUGCUUCCUGAGGUGUACGUGAGUGUCCUGCAAAACGGGACCAAUUUAAGCGUGACCUGGGAUGAGCCGUUCUAUUAUUCCAAUUAUCCGGUGACUGGCUACAAACUUGAAAUGGAAAACUUAACGAGCGGGAUAGUCACUACACUGUUCGACGGUACCGAUGCUCUCAGUCAUGUGAUCAGUGUGGGAGAGAUGGUCUCGGGGUGUCACCUGCUUAACUUCACUGUCACUGCAUACAGUAUCCUGGGAAAUGCCACGAGUCAUCAACUUGGAAUAUUCCCCAAAGCUCCCACACCCACUGAACUGACUGUGGAAUUGACCUUUGCUUCAGAUCUGACCCCUAGACUGACCAUAAGAGCCGAGUAUGAAGACCCUUGUUUACACGAGGAUACAGAAUACACCAUCAUAGUAUAUCACCAUGGCGAAAUAAUGGCAGAGAAACUGGUCGGAAAUAUUCAAGAACAGUUUAUGCUCGACCUGCUAGUGGACCAAGGUUUAGAAGUGGGGGAAACGUACAUGGUGGUUGCCACUGGCAACAGCAUUUUGGGUAGUUACACCGUUAUCAAAGACGAAAGGAUUGUUGUUGGUGAUAGUUGCAAUGCGGACCUUCCUAGCCUGCCAAACGGUAUUGUGCAAGUAUCGAACACCCAGUAUGGCCUGGUAGCCAUUUACAGGUGUGACGAUACAUCUCUACCACUGGUAACCAGAAAUUGCCUGUCCAAUUCAAGCUGGUCUGGAAUGGCACCUUUCUGCCCAUCUAUCAACUGCAACAGGGAUUUACCUAUUCCUCCGAAUGGUCGUGUAAAUAUUACAACAAUUCCAACGGGACUUGUGGCCACCUACGCCUGCAACGAUGACACUGUUGUAACUAGAACGUGUUUACCCAACACGAGUUGGUCCGGAGAAGCACCUGAGUGCCGAUCUAUCAAGUGUGACAGAGGACUGCUGGAUCCACCUAACGGACAUGUACAAAUCACCGAAGCUUCAAGUGGUCUUGUUGCCUUGUACACAUGCAAUGAUGGGAUUGUAUGGAACAGGGUCUGUCUCCCCACUGCAAGCUGGUCCAGUCCCAUCCCUGUUUGCAACGAGCCAGGUGCUUCAAGCGAUUCCACAACGUCCAUAAUUGCAUCGCUAGCUGUCUUUCUCGGAAUUGUAUUGGGAAUUGUUGUCAUGGUGAUUGUCAUUGUAGCAGCAUGCUGCGUGUAUAAGAGGCGUAGGAAAUUCACCCAAAGAACUGAUACCGUCGAUUUUCCAAGGCGAGCUCCACCAACCAGCAUCAAACUCAUGAACCCCUUGACCCAACAAAAGUCUGCCACCAAUCCUAUAUAUGACGGUGGACCACUAUACGAUUACCCUAUGGACCCGUCGCUCUCAAAAUCUCUCCUGCAUAGCACCCCGAGUACCCCCAGUACCCCCUCGGCUCAAAGCCCUCGAUACUUCAACAUGCCCCCCCAGCUGCCCCCUCCAAGAAAAACCUCCAUUUCAAUUUCUUCCCCCUUCUCACCAACAGCCUGUAGUCCACUAGCGAGGACAUCCAUCUCUGUACCAUUUUCUCCAACUUCAUGUGCGGCACCUCAGAGAAUUUCAAUUUCGUCUCCUUUCUCCCCCACGACUUGUAACCCACCUACUCCUAGUACCUGUCAGAUUGAAAACAUAAAUGCUAUGUUCAAUGCUGCGGUGCCUCCGAGUGAAGAUGCUUACAUGUACACAGUGAUGAACCCAGUUACUCCAAAGUCUCUUUCUCGUCCCAACAAGCCCUCCCCCCUUAUCUUGGGACCGAGUCUAGACACCCACGACGAGUACGUGUCUAUUCUUUGAGUAAAAUCGAUUGCAAACAGGUAUUGAAAAUUUUCAAAGACAUUUUGUGUAUAGUAGCAGUACGUUUAAGAGUUCACUUUAUGUGACAUAUCAUGCACAGGCAUAACAGUUCAUUAACUCAUUACAUUACAUUAUCAUUACAUUUAAGAAUUCAUAAGUCUUAACUCACUGUCACAGGAAAUUCUUAUCAUAACUCACAUGCAUGUACUCGGUAUUGUUUGUUUAUUAUUGUGGUCAAAAAUCAAUAAGUAUGUGAAUUUAUGGUUUAUGGUUUUUCUUUCCGAGAUA